AAACGCGCGUUUUAUCCUACUCGAUAAAAAUAAUAAUAAUAAAAAAAAAAUCCGAUAACUCAUAAUUGCAAUAACGACUCAGGUACCUGUAACGUUAUUAGUAUUAUUAUAUUAUUGUAUUACAUUGUACGAAGAGAAUAUUUCUUGCGGCCGUUCCAGUGCGAGUGCAGUUUGCAACCGCGCGCCGACAUGAUCGUUUUGGCGGUGAUCGCUGCCGCCGCCUUUAUGAACGGCGAUUGGCUGACGGUGGUGGCGCACACGCAAAAUUAUCUCGACGGAGGACAGCAUCAACUGUAUUCACGACAACGACCGCAGCUGUCGUGCACGUCGUUUUUCGAUGAAUUCAAAGUGCAAUUGUUCUGGGCCAUGGUCGUCGGUUAUGGUAUAUACUUUGGCUUUUGCGGAUACUUAGAAUGGAAAUACUACGUGAAGGGACGCGGCAAGGAGGCCCAGUGGAAAUGUCAACCGAAUCGUCACUUGCCCAGACACCUGGUCUGGGAUCAGAUCAAAUGGGGCUGUAUAGGUCUGAUGGUGACUAACGCGGUGUCCGCGGCGGUGGCUACGCACGUCACUUGCGGCGGUUACAGUAAGGUUUACAUUGCGUUCUGCCAGUAUCCGUGGUGGUGGUGGAUACUCCAGUGGCCAGUGAUAUUCUUUCAGCAGGAUUACGUGACUUAUUGGAUUCAUCGGUCGUUUCAUUCAAAGUUUUUGUUCAAACACUUUCACAGCAUCCACCAUAGAUAUUUUCAACCUACCCCGUGGUCGGUGACGGCCAUACAUCCGUUGGAAUUGAUUACCGUGCAACUAGCCAUGGUCGCGCCAAUAUUUAUUUAUCCGUGCAUUGGUUUCCGUUUUAUGGAUUGGCUCUUUACACGUACUAUCACGGCAUCGUACAACAUUCGGGAAUCACUUUCAAGGCGCAGUGGUGGCAGCCCUGGCAACCGGAUUGCAUGUUCCACGACAACCACCAUCAGUACUGUCACGUCAACUAUGGCUUUAAUUGCGCUUUGUGGGAUAAGAUUCACGGGUCCAUGAGAAAGAUCGAUCGUUGUUAUAGCGAACACACGGAUAAUUGGGGUUCCGGACGACCAUUGGCGGACUUGUCGAGCAAUGAACGGUACCAAGAAAUCCAGGAGAGGACCGCUGAAAAUCCAAUUGCUUACCGUGAACAAAUU